AUGGACGGCCACCUAUGGGAAGAACCGCGGCAACAGAACCAUGGCGCCCAGAUCACCUACCUUGGGUUGCUGGCGCUAGCGCGGCGCUUGUACGGCGCCAGCAAAAUUUGCACGAACCUGUUUGUGCCAGACAGUCGGUCAGUCUUCAACCCCGCUAGACUGGACAAGCUAGCCUGUAUCCACGCCAGGUAUGGAGUGAUCAUGCUUUUUGGCGUUUCUUUCCUAUCGCCAUGGCACACCACGCCAAACCAGGCCUUUACCUUCAACUUCUUCCUGGUGGUGUUCUUUCGCGUGCCCGGCGCGAUCCUGUGCACCCGCCUGAUCUGGGCUCUGCUCUUCAACUCCCUGUACCUGGCGAUGAUGACAACCCGGGUGCUCACUGAAUCCGAAGAUUUUCCUCCGACUCUGAAGCCGGACGUCGUGAUCAUCACUGAGUGCCUGAUUUGCACGCUGGUUCUGGUUUGCACCAUGGCGCUCCACGGACUGCUAUCUCGCCGAGCAGAGAUGAACCUUCACCGCAAGAACGCGAACACUCAGCUCAGUGCAGCGCAGUCUUUGCUCAGGCUCACCUGUGAUGCUGUGGUGGAACUGGAUGGCGACCUCUGCCUCACCAAGCACUGUCCGGAGCUGGCUGCGAUGCUCUUGAAGGGCCGAUGUAACCUGGAAGGGAAGAAGCUCACGGAGUUCAUGCCUCCAAUGGAGGUGCUGCGCGCGGAGGAAAAUCUCCGGCGCUUUUCCGACGACGACCCCGAGCCUGCCCAGGCUUUCCACACCCGCCUCGUGGAUAGCAUCUCCAGCAGGCUGUGCAUCGAGCUCUUCCAGGUGCAGUACAAGGAGAUGGAUGGGCGACAUUGCCAUCUCGUCGGCAUUCGCGAUUUUACAGACUCCCCUGGACUCUUGGCCGCGAACUCCGAGAUGUCCCUGGCCGACCCCUUCGAGGAGCCACUCAGAUGGCAGAGCUCCGUGCCAUUCGUGGAGGUAGACGUUGAAUCGACCUCCACGGCGUCGGCGUCUUCAGGCGGCGAGGAGCCGCGUGGAGCCAAGAAGGUCUUCCUGGAGAUCGACAUGACCGACAUGCGCGUGCAAGCAGCAUCUGCACCCGUGGAUGCCGUUGUGGGCCUGACAGCCCAAUUUACCCAGAACGCGCAUGUUGCGUAA